GAUUCUGAAUAUUUCCUUGUAAAUAAGCUUAGAGCAUUGUUUGUUUGUCACCAUUAAUAUACUGUUAUGUGGCCCUAUCAUCCUCUCUCCUCUCUCAUCCGUUUCGUGUUUAAAGUCCCGAGGUACAGCUCACUCAUCGCAAACCACCGCAUUUUCUCUCUCUAAGUCCCGGCUACCGCUUUCACUCCAACCGCUGGACGCCCAAUCUAAUCUCAGCCAUGCUUCUUAAUUCUGUGUAGUUCCCUUCUAUUAUCUUAAAAAAUCCAUCAAUGGCUCCACAAAUAGUAGUUGAAUUAGGCAGAAUCAAUUUAAUCCCGCUCUCUCUCACCUCUACACGUUCUUGUCACUCUCACCGUCACGAACGGCCCUUCACUUCAAGAACUCUCAAUUUGAACCGACCCGAUUACCGCGUUAUGAGAUUUGGGUUAAUAUUUGAUAGUAAUGGCCAUCGAGGCGUUUUUAGAAUUCCGCGGGGUUCUUUGGUCAAACUCAAACACAAACGGUUGAUCACCGCCGUGGUCAAAGCGGAGCAGCCGGGGCGAAUUGACGACUCCGAAAAAAUCGAUGAGGAAGUGAACAGAGGUACUCAAAUAUCUGUGGAGGAAAAUACAGAUUCAGAACAUCUACAGAAAGCGAGUCAGUUGAAGAAAAGGGUUAUCUUUGGGCUUGGCAUUGGAGUUUCUGCUGGAGGAGUAGUGUUGGCUGGAGGAUGGGUUUUCACAAUGGCUCUUGCAGUGGCAGUAUUUGUUGGUGCCAGGGAAUACUUUGAACUGGUCAGAAGCCGUGGAAUUGCUGCUGGAAUGACCCCUCCUCCUCGAUAUGUAUCACGAGUUUGCUCCGUUAUCUGUGCUCUAAUGCCUAUACUCACACUUAAGAGUAUGGACCUCAGCUUUGAAUUUUCUGCACGUCAGCUGAAUGUACCAUCUUUAACACUAAAAUUGCUAUUGGUAUGUGGCUACCUUCCUUGUUUCGGGUUUAAGCUCGAAUGUGGUUUAGCGGCUCCUGCAGUAAAUACCCGUGUGGUAGCAUCUUGGCCUGUUCUUCUUGGUGGCCGAACUCAGUGGACAGUGGGUCUUGUGGCAACCUUAAUUUCAGUUAGCAGUAUUAUUGCAGCAGAUACAUGUGCUUUUAUUUGGGGAAAGGCUUUUGGUCGGACACCUCUGACCAGUAUUAGCCCAAAAAAGACGUGGGAGGGAGCUCUUGCAGGACUAGGUGGUUGUAUAGCGACCUCUAUAAUAUUGGCGAAGACCCUAAGCUGGCCUACAUCUGUCCUGAGUGCUGUAGCAUUUGGAUUUCUGAACUACUUUGGGUCUCUUUUUGGUGACCUGACGGAAUCCAUGAUCAAGCGUGAUGCUGGGGUCAAAGAUUCAGGAUCCCUCAUACCCGGACAUGGUGGGCUUCUAGAUAGGGUCGACAGCUAUAUCUUUACAGGGGCACUGGCAUACUCUUUUGUCAAAAUCUUUCUGCCACUAUAUGGAGUUUGACGAAUUAUACUUGCUGCAAAGAGACAAAAAUUCUCGUUAUCUUCUCUCCUUAUUUCUUGUUUAAGGGAGGACUAAAGUAUACUUCAUGCUCACAUCUUGGAGCUGGAUUCUUGGAAAUCAAACCGGGGAACUGACGUCACAUUGAAACUCCACCAGGUCUGAUUCCUCUUGUAUGAUAAACACUUCAUUUGACAAUCCCAUGUGCUUGUUGGGAGGCUAUAAAUGGGGAAUUUGGGGAAUUUUGAUCAUGUGGAUGUCUAUGGAUGGGGCAAUCGUUGCCUGUGGAUAAUGUUGCUCGGUAUGUAAAGCCCUUGUAGGAGUGUGACAAUGGAAAGUUAUAUUUACUUUCGAGCACCUAGAUUGAUCAAUAAAAUGCUGAAUUCCAUUCCUUCA